UGUUAAUGUGCCGAGGGAAGGCCAUGCAGGAUUUUAAAGGUCCAGAUUGUCGUUUUGUAAAUUUUAAGAAGGGAGAAGCGGUGUAUGUGUAUUACAAGCUAAUAGGAAAAUCAACUGAGCUUUGGGCUGGAAGUGUUGGAAGUGAUUUUGGAUAUUUUCCAAAGGAUUUACUUGAAAUAAAUCAUAAUUAUUCCAAUGAGGAGCUAGAAUUACCAACAGAUGAAACAGACUUUGUUUGCUUUGAUGGCGGAAGGGAUGAUUUUGAUAAUUAUAAUGUGGAUGAGCUUUUGAAGUCAUUGCAAGAGAUGAUAGCAAGUGAAGGGGAAACUGAACAGAGUGAUCCAGGGGCAAAACCAGCUGAAGGAAAGGAGAGGGAUAAGGAGAUCGAACAUGUUGAUAGAGUAAAGUCCCUUGGUGCUUUGGAGACAGACAGUUCUGAGCGAAGCAUUGAAGAAGACCAAGACCAAGUCUUGACAGACAAAACAGACAGUUCUGUUACAGAAGGAACUGAAAAUACUGGGAGAGACUCCAGUAUCAAUAGACACAAAGAAAACUCUCAGGGAGAUCAAAUUGCAAAUGAGCACUUGAAAGGAAUGCUACAUGGAAAACUGAAAGGGCUAGAAAGUGAAAAUACCAAAAACAUUAGUAUUCCUCAGGGUGAAACCAGUCAACUUGACCAAGAGAAUGAAGAAGUUAAUGCCUAUACACUUUUAAACAGAGAGCUCUCUGUGAACUUAAAAACAAACUUUGGCUCAACUGCUGAUGCUAUUGUAUCAGAUGAUGAAGUGACUCGCCUUGUUACAUCACUGGAAGAUGAUUUUAGUGAAGAUUUGAGCAUUAAUCCUCAUGAUGUAGAGGAGGAGCCAGACUUUGCAGAUCAGCCAGCAGAAAUCCCUCUGCUGUCUUUUACAGCAGAGGAUGAAAUUACAUCCCCAGCAGAUUUAGAAGGUGAUGGAAAUCAUGACAUUGAAUCACAAAAUCAUGAACCUGAUGAAGAUGCAAAGGGUGCUACAAAGCUAAAUAACCAAAGAGACAAUGAACCCAAUUCAGAUGCAUUAAUUCUUAAGGAUGCCUUCAGUAAGAUCAGGGAGUCAGGGGACAGUAUAAGUGUGGGUAGGUCCGAAUCUAAACAACCGAAAGAGAAACAGGAUGAGGCGGUGCUAAUUGGCAAAAGAGAAGCACCAGCAACAACUCAACCUGAGGAUCUCUCCAAAGAACUUCUUAGAAAGGAACCUGUAGGUACAGGUGAUCUAGGUUCAAAAGAAGAAACAAACAAAGCUGAACAGUUUGAAGACCAGCUCACCGAUGGAACAGAGUCACUUACAGAAGAGCUGAAGACUACAGCUGUGCCUGAUCCUCAUGCUUUGCCUUCUUCAGGAGAUGAUCUGGAGUCCAAAUCAGUUGUUAAAAAUCAGCAAGACUCUUUAAAACCAUCUGGUGAAGAUAGCAACAAAAGUCCUGAAAGAGUGCCACUUGUUCAAAUAGAGAAAGGUGAGAAAAACUUUGAGCAUGAUACUUUGGGUGAGGUCUUGGAAAAUGAUUUAAAUCAUAAAAGGUCAUGGGAGAAAACAAAGGAGAAAAGAAAAGCUGAAAACAAGCCUUUGGCUGAUGUUCCAGCCAAACCAAUAGAAGAGGUAAAAAAUACAUCUCAACAUGACAUAGGAGAUACUGACCUCUUCAGAAAGAAAGUGGAGCGUGGAAUGCCCACUAUGGAGAAAGUGCUUUUGGGACAUGAAGAACAUUUGAAACAAACAGGGGAGACCAAUCAUGAAAAUCAAAAACCUGCUUCUCCUAAUAAAGAACCAGAAAUGAAGAGGAGAAACAUGGAAGAAAGCCCUGCAGGGGAAGGAGACCCAAGCCAUAAAGUAGCUGUUGAGCAGCCUAGGCCAUGGGAAAAUGAGACUGAGUAUUCGGAGGCAGAUGUGAAAGAACUUUCAAGAAAUCCUGGCAAGAUGCCAGUACUUGAAGAAAGCAUUGAGAAAGGUUCCCCUAAAGAAGAAUCAGAAAGCUCUAUGCAGAAUGCUAAUACUGAAAAUCUUGUUCAGCAAGGAGCAGCUCAUACUGAGGAUGUAGAUUCAGACAGAAAUCUUGGUAUAGAUUUAGCUAAAGAAAGAAAACCAAGAUCAGAAUUGCAAUCUGAAGAGCCAGAUGCUGAGGAUGAGCCUGACCUGAAACAAAUAGAGGAUGAGCUGCUGGAAGAUGAGAAUGCAGUAAGUGCAAAGCUGUCACAAACUAAGGCUGCAAAUGUGCAGGGUGAUGCAUUAAAUGUUGAAAACACAAAUUCUGAAUUGGAAGGACUAAGUGAAGCUGUUGUGGGAACCCUAAAUCCUACUUACAAAACAGGAGAGGAAACAACCUCAUUUUCUAAGGAGGAUAAAACCCCAAUCAUCAUGCAAAAUGCAAAUGAGACUGGCAACAAACAGGUGGAUGUACCAGUGAGAAAAGAUGCUAAAUUGGAUGAGAUGGAACUUGUCAUGGAAUAUGAUGAGUCUUCUGAAAAUGAGGAACCAUCAGCUGUGGAAGGACAUAAUUUCCAGCCUCCUGACACAGAAGACAGCAAUGACUUUGACCAAAGAAAAGAUCACCUCCCAGAGGGCAUUUCACAGGAAGACUCAAAAGAGGUGCAGAAUGUAGAGCAUACAAGAAAUGACCACCAGCAACCUGCACAUUUCCCCAGCCCUGCUGACAGUUCAGCGGCCACAAAUGACACUCUAGCAGACUUCAGUGAGUCUGUGAAGCAGCUCACAAUAAUGAGAGAUUUUCUUGAUGAGAAGCGUGUGAUGCGUUUACAGAAGUACCUUGGGCUCCAACACGUGGUUAGGAUAGAAGCCAUGUUCCAUGACAUGAAGGUAGAGAUGGAGCUUGCCUGGAAGGCAAGCCAGAGUAACGAAGAUAUAGAAAAAGCUUUGGACCAAAUACUUGAGUUUUCAGAAUCAAACAUUAUGGAUGUUGUAGGAAAAGUUCUGGAUUCCAGAGCAGCAGAAAACAAAGAGGAGGUGGUGAAAGAGAUGGAUUUGUAUGAUGAGGAGAGUGCACUGAUGGAUGAUAUCCAAGAAUUGAUAUAUUCUUUAAGGAGUAAAUAUUCGUCUGCUAGUGAGAGUGCCCCACUUGCAUCUGUUCCAGAACAAGAUGACCAGCUGUACAUCCAAGAUGGUGCAGAAGAGGCUGAAUAUGACAGAGUUUCCAUCAGAAACCCGAAUGCCAUUGAUGAGGGCAAUCAGGAAUUCCAGCAGCCUGAAGAUAAGAGGCCAGAGCAGCCUAUUGAGGAGGAGGAGAGGGUUUUUAAUGUUGCACCUGAGCAUGAAGAGGCCAACUUCUCAGACAGUGGAGAAGCUGAAGAAGGGUAUGAUAGCGAAAGAGGAUCGCUGCUGGAAGACACUUCGUUUGAGUCAGCUGAUGCAGGACAGAGUGCCAGGGAACACAUUGCUGCAGCGCUGGAAACUAAUCGGGAGGAUUAUAGGUUAGGAAUUGACUGCUGCCCACUCGCUGCUGGAGGAGCUGUGAGCGAGCUCAGCAAAGCGACACUGGCGCUGCAGGGAAGGACGGCGCUGUCCGUGGAUUAUCAGCGCGCCUUCCGAGGACUCGUGUCCCCUUUCCCUGGGGACGCAUUAGUUGCGAUCUGGCGCGG